CCUCCUUGAAUAAAAACGAAAAGGCAGUAGGCGGGGAUUCGAUAAACCGGAAAAAAAGAUUCCCAAAAAAAGAGACAAAAGUGCUUUUUUGCGACACAGAAGUUCAAGUGGUCGUGUUCUGAAGAGGCUUCCCACCUAACAGAAAAAAGCUGACAUGUAAUUUCCAGUAUGAGGGGUGACAACUCCAAGACCAAAACUGUUGUAUAUAUGAAGAGGAAAUCCUGAGAGUCUUUGUUCAUGUUCAAUCAUUUUCCUUGUCACUUUUUUUUUUAAAGACGGUCUCAUGGAACAACCAAAGAACUUAAUCAAGGAGGAGGAUUGUGAGUGGGAGACAUUGCCUUCGGCAAAGAAGCCUUUGUGUAUGAAGCCUGAAGAUUUUGAAAUGGGAACAGUUGAAAUUAAACAGGAACAGUCUGAGAAAGAGUCUGUUAGGAUGAAACUUGAGAGUUGUGAAGACAUAGCCAUCAAUCUUAAUAUGCCAAACCCUGACAUGAGGAACAUCUUUAACCAAGACAAGUCUUUAGAACAUGACUUCAGUUUAAGCACAUACCCACCAUUCAAAAAAGAGAUGUCUUGUCCUUCUCAGAAGCAUUUCAUGCUUGCUGAGCCCAGUUUGCUGAAGCUUGAAGACAAAACUACUGAGGAGAUCAUUCACAGAGGAGAGAAGUGUGAAUUUCAAGCAGUUGCAAAAAAGCCAGAAAAAUAUGCACCAGAGUAUGUCAAAGGAUCCCUGUCUUCAUUUGAUCAAACAUCUCUUCAGAGUGUAAUUCAAUGGGAACAGCUUGAUGAAGAUAAGAGGAAACUGCUGACUGCCUCUCAUAUUGCAAAACAUAAAUCUGACUCUAAAGAUCAUAGACUUCAAACUGGAGAGAAGCUGUAUGGCUGCAAUGCAUGUGGAAAACAAUUUUCAUUCAAAUGUAGUCUUCAGAAACACAGACUGAUUCAUACUGGAGAGAAGCCUUACUGUUGUACUGAAUGUGGCAAACGAUUCUCACAGAGCAGUGUUCUUAGUAGACAUAUAAGAAUACACACUGGAGAAAAGCCAUAUGGCUGUAUGGAAUGUGGCAAACAAUUUGCAGACAGAGGUCAUUUCCAGAGACACAAAAGAAUUCACACUGGAGAAAAGCCAUAUGGUUGUAAUGAAUGCGGCAAAAAAUUUUCAAGAAUUACCCACCUUAAUAUUCAUGCAAGAAUUCAUACUGGGGAGAAACCGCAUUGCUGUACUGAGUGUGGUAAACGAUUCUCACAAGUAUGUCAUCUUCAGGCACACAUAAGAAUUCACUCUGGUGAGAAACCCUAUUGCUGUACUGAAUGUGGCAAACAGUUCUCACAGUUAUGGCAUCUUCAAGCACAUACACGAAUUCACACUGGAGAGAAGCCUUAUUUUUGUUCUGAAUGUGGCAAGCAAUUUUCUUCCAAAGGCCAUCUUCAGACGCACAUGAGAGUUCACUCUGGAGAAAAACCAUAUAGCUGUUUUGAAUGUGGUAAGCGAUUCUCACAAGUCAGUGAUCUUAAUAGGCAUACAAGAAUUCAUACCGGUGAGAAGCCACAUUCCUGUUCUCAGUGUGGUAAACUUUUCUCACAAAUAAGUGAUCUUAAUAGACACACAAAAAUUCACACCAGAGUCAAGCCAUAUUCCUGCCCUGAAUGUGGAGAACUGUUCUCAGCCAAAGGCCAUCUUCAUGAACAUUCAAAAUUGCACGCUGACAGCCCUGCCAACCUCUAUACAUUCUGCGUUGAACGUAUGCAUUUUAAAGUUAAAUUAUGUGAGUAUUCUUUGUUCAUGUUCAGUCAUUUUCCCUUUGCAGUUUUGAAAUACGGUCUCAUGGAACAAACAAAGAACUUAAUCAAGGAGGAGGGUUGUGAGUGGAAGAUAAUGCAUUCUGUGAAGAAUCCUUUGUGUAUAAACAUGGAACAUUUUGAAAUGGGGACAGUUCAAAUUAAACAGGAACAGUCUGAGAAAGAGUCUGUUAGGAUGAAACUUGAGAGUUGUGAAGACAUAGCCAUCAAUAUUAACAUGCCAAAUCCCGAAAUGAUGAACUUCUUUGAGCAAGACAAGUCUUUAGAACAUGACUUCAGUUUAAGCCCAUACCCAGCAUUCAAAAAAGAGAUGCCUUGUCAUUCUCAGAAGCAUUUCAUGCUUGCUGAACCCAGCUUGCUGAACCUCGAAGACAAAACUACUGAGGAGAUCAUUCACAGAGGAGAGAAGUGUGAAUUUCAGGCAAUUGCAGAAAAGCCUGACAAAUAUCCACCAGAGCAUGUCAGUGGCUCCCCAUCUUCAUUCGAUCAGACAUCUCUUCAGAAUGAAAUUCAAUGGGAACAGCUUGAUGAAGAUAAGAAAUUGAUGGCUGCUUUUCAUGUUGCAAAGCAUAAAUCUGGCUCUAAAAAUCAGAGACUUCAAACUGAAGAGAAGCGGCAUAGCUGCAGUGAAUGUGGAAAACGCUUUUCAUUCAAAUGCGAUCUUCAAAAACACAGACGAGUUCAUACUGGAGAGAAGCCUUACUCCUGUACUGAAUGUGGAAAACGAUUCUCGCUGAGCAGUGUUCUUAGUAGACAUAGAAGAAUACACACUGGAGAGAAGCCAUAUAACUGUAAUGAAUGUGGAAAACAAUUUGGAUACAGAGGUCAUUUCCAGACACACAAUAGAAGAUUUCACACUGGAGAAAUUUCUAUCCGAGAAAAGCCAUAUGGCUGUAAUGAAUGUGGCAAAAAAUUUUCAGUUAUUGCUCAUCUUAAUAUACAUGCAAGAAUUCAUACUGGGGAGAAACCGCAUUGCUGUACUGAGUGUGGUAAACGAUUCUCACAAGUGUGUCAUCUUCAGGUACACCUAAGAAAUCACUCUGGUGAGAAGCCCUAUUCCUGUACUGAAUGUGGCAAACAAUUCUCACAGUCUUGGCAUCUUCAAGCACACACGCGGAUUCACACUGGAGAGAAGCCUUAUUGUUGUUCUGAAUGUGGCAAGCAAUUUUCUUCCAAAAGCCAUCUUCAUUGGCACAUGAGAGUUCACUCUGGAGAAAGACCAUAUAGCUGUUUUGAAUGUGGUAAGCGAUUCUCUACAGUCAGUGGUCUUAAAAGGCAUACAAGAAUUCAUACCGGUGAGAAGCCGUAUUCUUGUUCUCAGUGUGGUAAACUCUUCUCACAAAAAAGUGGCCUUGAUAGACAUACAAGGAUUCAUACCGGUGAGAAGCCACAUUCCUGUUCACAGUGUGGUAAACUCUUCUCACAAAAACGUAGUCUUAUUAGACACACAAGAAUUCACACCAGAGUCAAGCCAUAGACCUAUUCUGAAUGUGAACAGCUGUUCCUAGCCAAAGGCCAUCUUCAUGAACAUUCAAAAUUGCACACUUGACAGCCUUGCCAACCUGUUUACGUUUUGCAUUUGCAUUUUAGUGUUAAAUUAUGUGAGAAUGACUAAUUGUUCACACUUUUCAAUUCAGCAGUUUAACUGCAUCAGAGUUUCAGUUCCAUGAAAGUUUUUUUACCCCUUUUUUGACUUCCUUUACUAUUCCAGAAGUUGUAACUCUGAAGGUUUCAGGUCAUCAGUAAAAAUGUAAUAUUAGAUUAGGAAGUGAACAAUAACACAUGUAUAGCAUUUGUUAUUUAAUAAAUGAAGAAGGAUAUCUGAUAAGAACUGCCUCCGUAUGUAAAAGUCAUUGCUUCCUUACAAUUAAUAAUGGCUUGUAUCACCUUUAACUGCAAUUAUUGCAACAAGGCACUUUCUACCUUUCAAUAAAAGUAUUUUGCAUAACUCUGAA